CAGAUUUCAACGACAUUAACGAGAAAAUCCGCGGAGGACGGCACACAAGCGACGAGAGUAACUUCCUGGCUUCAGGCAGGGACUUCUCGAUGUUCUCUCGUCUCCCGUCCUCUGCCCCAUCGUUCACGUACAGCAAUCUGCCCAGUUUCCGCAACGCCAGCAGCCUUUAUGAGCCACCGCAACUUUCGGCGAACUCCAACACGGGCAGUCUCCCUUUUGUUCCCCGGGAGUCCAUGUUGAACGACAACUUUGUCCCGUCGUCGCGCAUUCCCUCGUUUUCUCAGCGUUCGGCAUUUGAGAGCAAAACGAUCAAUCCGCAGAAACUGGCCAACUCGGCCAAGCGUGACCACAGUGUACCGGAAACUGACAUUAUCGAUUUCUUAAGGUGUUUGUUCAUAAUCUUGUACGAACUCGGCAAGAAAACCGCUCUUUGGGUGGUCUUCUUCCUCAGUAUCGGCGGAAAACACCUGAUUGGACUGAUUGAACGAAUCCCUACGCCAGAGACCGCUAAAAAAGUGGAAAACACCUCGAUCAAGCGCGAGGUGGACGGAAUAGUUGAAUUGUUCAACAAGUUGGUUCCCAGUAGCGUUUCCACCCCGAUGGAAGGAUCUGAAGUUAAGCAUGUGGACGAUAGCAUCGUUGUUAGCAAGAAUAGCAAGAUCGGUCAGCUGGCCAGCAAGCUGAACGAGUCCAAGGAGGAAGCUCCAGCGCGCGACUACGGAACAUUUUUCUAUAAGCCCAAGAACGUGCGAUCAAAUCCUAAUAUUGAGGCGAUGUUUCUCAAAUCAAACUUUGGCCGGCCAGAGACUUACAAAGAGCACAAGGAGCAAAAGCCGUACGACGCAGAUUCUGAGUUAAAGAACAGAGCGUCUCAAUUAACAAACUCGAUCAAGAAAAUGUUCCCGUUGGAGGAAGAUCGGAAGCGCGACAGGAGAGCGUCUCGCUUCAGAGACCUGGAAUGGCUGAAAAAGGAUAACGUCGACUAUGUGGAGAACCUGGAGUCCACAGAGCUCUUCAAGGAGUACCAGAAGAUAAUGCAAGAGCGUACCAAGAUGCAGGAACUGAUCAAGCUCACCAAGUCCAGAGACUAUGCCAAAGUGACACCCUUGAGCGCCGACCAGCUGGCUACGGUGGAGAAGUUCUGGAGAAGCAGCAAUCCGCAGCUCCUGGUGUGCAGUGCGUUCAACAUCGACAUAUACACCAGAGACUUGAAGACACUGUGCGACAGGAAAUGGCUCAACGAUAACGUGAUUGAUUUUUAUAUGGGCCUGAUCAACGAGCGCGCAAAAAGCCACCCCACGACAUUACCGCAGAUCCACAUUUUCUCGACCCAUUUCUACUCGAAUUUAUCUACCAGAGGAUAUAACUCGGUGCGGAGAUGGACCAAGCGCGCCAAGGUCGACGUCACCAAGUUGGACUAUAUUUUUGUGCCAAUAAAUCUGAACCAAUCGCACUGGGCGCUGGGCGUUAUCAAUAAUAAGGAAAAAGCGUUCCAAUACUAUGAUUCACUCUAUGGAAGCGGCGACGAUAUAUUGUACAACUUGGAGGACUAUAUGGUGAACGAGACAAGGAAGCUGUAUGGAGACUCGAUGAAUGGCAUCGACUAUUCGCUAUACGACCACUUUGACUCCAUGAAAACGCCCAAGCAGGAAAACGGUUUCGACUGUGGAGUGUUCAUGUGCACGGUUGUCGACUAUGUCUCAAGAGAGCGCCCGCUGCUAUUUUCGCAGUCGGACAUGAAGAACUUGCGAAGACGGAUGGCGUAUGAGAUAUGUAUGAAAAAGCUGAUCGAUCACUAGAGAGGCUGAUAAAUAGUGUAAAUUAGUUGUCCACCUUGACAUUUUUCAGCGUGUCCGCCAGUUGGUCGAUCUCUUCCUCCUCCUUUGCCUCUUCCUCUCUUUCCACCUUUGCGAUGGCCUCUGCCUCCGCUAGCACCCUCUUUUCCAGUUCCUCCUCGGUCGCUGGAAUGUGCAGCUUGUUGUAUUUAAGGGCCGUUCGUCCCUGCUCCACCAGCGCAUUCAGCUCUUCUUCCCAUCCCAGCAAUUUAGCCAGCUGCUCGACAACCUUGUCGCAGCUCUCAAGCAGCAAGAUGUCCGACUUGCGCGGGUUGGUCUUGAAAUCGCCGCAUUGUUCUCUGUUGAUCAGCACUCUCGUGCAAUCUCUGCUCACCUCGGCCGGAAGACCAGCAAACGGAUACACCGCCAAGGAGGUGCCAGCAACGAGAGCCAGGUCCAUCUUUGAUGACGAGUCCUCUUCCCAGGUGUCGAAGAACUUUGGCGGCAGGGCCUCGCCAAAAAACACAAUGUCCGGCUUCACAUAGCCUUCACACUUGGCACACGUUGGAAUCUUGCUCUUCAUCUGCUCCUUGAGCUCCUCUGUUGCCAUCUCGGCAUCACAGUCGAUGCAGUGGUUUUUGGCAAACGAGCCAUGUGCCUCCACAAUGAACUCGUCCUUCACUCCCGCCAGGCGCUCCAACGUGUCGAUGUUCUGGGUGUAGCAACGCUUCAGCUUCUUCUUAUCCUGACACAAUCUGAUGAAGUAGUGGAACUUGCUGGGAACAAACUUGCCCGGAUACAGCUCCUCUGCCAGCGUGUAGAAC